UGGGCAUUUGAGAAUGCAUGGGAACCACGUAGACGUAUGACACAUUCAUAGCGUGCGCUCAAGAUCAGGUUUAUCGUCCCCUGUGUCUUGAACCCGAAUUUUUCAAUAUCUUAGCUAAGUCAGCCAUAAGAGGCCAACGCACCCGGAUUAACUGCUACUGUGAUGCUACUCCGGUGGCAGCCCGCUGGAAGUUUUUUGUAACAUUGGUAUUAUUUAGGCGGCCUUUUGAAGUUUUGGAAGUAGGAAGAAGCGCAUUGAAAGAAACGAAAAAAAAGCAAAAGGACAAAUAAAAGGAACUUCGGCUGCAAACCUCUCAGAGUCGCCGAACCCUGCUGGACGGUUGUGCUCGCCUGCCCAUUGUGCAAAAAAAGAUUCUCAAGACACAAUUGGUAGGAAUUGGUCGUCACUUCCUCCUCACCUUCUACCUUCUGCCCCUUCCAGUUUUUGGAUUAAGCAUACAAGCCGGCAGCAAACGGGCUUUCCUCUUUUCGCAAACUCAGAUUUUACCACAACUGCAUUGACUCUCGCCUCUUCUCCCGGCUCUUUCACCUUCUGCCCAUCUCUAUCAAACUCGAAGGCCAUGAAACAAAAGCUUCUUUGACUACCUCGGUACCUACCUAUAUUGUGCACAUCUCUUCAAGAAACGCUCAAUUCCACACUUAUGCAUUCUCGUUGAUAUCUUUUCCUACCAUCGCAAUGCAUCUUCCAACUUCAUUGGGUGCCUUGCAUUUCUUGAUGGUGCUAUGGUUCUCGCCGCACAGUAUUGCGGCACUCGGCUGGGGAAACCGCGCAAAGUCAUCGCCACCACAAAGAUCCCGCGAGGCUGCGACGUUUCACACUGACGCCUACGAUCCGACCUUCGUCAUCCAGCCUGCUGUACUUGUCGACGUUUACGCCGAUGCCUUGCGACAACUUCAACAGCUAGAGUCGGAGCCUCUAUGUCAUCGCAUUGCCGCUCGACUUCUUGUCACCAACUGCCAGCUACUUGAUGGCAAGGAUGAAGCCACUGUACUAACCGACAGUGGGCGCCUUAUCCGCGACUUUGUGGAGGCCUACGCAGCAAGUCUUGCCAUCUGCGACCUUGAACGUGGCGAUUUCCACAUUCCUUCAGCUUGUUCACCGUUUCGAGAACAUGCACUUGCGAAAGUCUCCGCUCACAGAGACCUUUCUCUACAUGUCUCCUCGUCUCAAAUACAAGCGUGUAUCUCAGGCCUGAAAUCCCCGGAUUCAGCGUGGGGAACGUACAUCAGCUAUAGGCACAAGGCGCUGCAGUUUUGUGAAGCAGCUAGGGCUGAUCAAGAGAAGACCCAGAACAUCCUUGUGUUUCAAAAGCUCAUCAAGGUCACCGAGCAGUUGGUCACAGGGGUCGAAACCGAGCUCCAAAAACGUAUGAAUGAUCUCGACGAGCGAACUAAACAAGCAAGCGAUGCCAUCGACCGCCUCAAUCCCAAACUACAUGGCUUACACGAGAGCUUUGGGAAGGUUCAGAUCAUGCACAAUGGGCUUAGCGAGGCCCUGAGGGAUUCACUUGGCGCGACCCGAUCCGUUCUAGAGGAUUCGACCACUUUGCAACAGCUUCUCAAAGUCAUGAUAGACGCGGUCCUCCAACAUCACUCUGAAGUGGCCUCUGCCAAUGAGCAAUCAGUCGAAAGCUACGCGGCCGUCACCGCCGCCAGCCAAAGGACAUCGGAGGAAAUGGUUCAGGUGCUCUCUGCACUUUCGAUUGCCGCAACAUAUACGGUAGAGCUGAAUCAGAAGCUCCAACUCUCUCGUGUCGAAGCCGCUGAGCUCUCAAAGCGUCAGAAACUUAUGGCAAACGGUUUGGUGCGUCUCGAGAACAUAACCGAACAGCUAGUUGAAAAGUACGGCAAACAUUCCGCCAAGCUCGAGUCUGUCCGCAACAUAACCAAUGACAUUGUCGAGACAUUGAAUGACGCCCACAUAUUGGCUACCGCUGCGAAGAACACGUUCACUUUUGGGUCAAGUGGGUGGCUUCCAAACUUUGGCUCCAUUUGCAUUCCGGGACCGUGA